AUGGGAAAUUAAACUUUAUGUACUGCAGAAAGGAGUGAAGUAUAGAUUAAUUCAAUAAAUCAAAAUAAAUAGAGAAAAGUAUGUUAAGUUCAAUAAUUUGCAAAUUUAGAAUCAACAGAUAAAUAAUCAUUAAUUAUAACACAUUCUAAUGAAUAAAUAUAAACUAAUACACUAAAUGAUUGGCUUGAAAGUUUACAUGAAUCUGUAUUAAUAAGUUAAUUAGAUUUUUAAUGUAAUGAGGUAUCUACUAAAUACCUUUCUGAAAUUGAUGAUGUUGAUGAUAUUGAGGAUUGUAAGACUUCAACUAUUGAUUAAUAAGAUCUUAAUGAAUAUCAAAAGAAUUAUCCAUAUUGUAAUUCUAUUUUAGAUAUGAUAAUCAUUAAUUUUUAUGUAUUGAAAAAAAAUGAAUUUAAGUAAUUGUCAUCAUUUAUUUUUUAGAAUAAAACUAAUUGGAGGGCCUCCAAAAUAAAGAAUGAGAUGGUCUUGUUGGUAAUUAAUGGCUUACAUUCCCAAAUGUUCAAUUCAAUCUGAUCAUUUAUCUUAUAUUGAUGAAGAUAAAAAAUAAGUUUUUGCAAUUAAAAAAGAUACACAUAGAACUGUUUCAACUAAAGAUAUUAAAUACUUUGAAACUGGUUAAGGCAAAUAAGAUCUUGAAAAAGUAUUAGUUAAACUAUCUAAAUUAUUUCCUAAAUUAGGUUAUUGUUAAGGCAUGAAUUUUCUUGCAGGUUUUACUUUGAUCAUUAAUAAUAAAAAUGUCAUUUAAAGUCUUUAAUUUUUGGCUUAAAUAAUGCUCAAUCCUAAAUUCUUAAUUUAUUAUCUAUUUUCAGAGGAAAUGCCAUUAUUAAAAUUACUUGAAUAUAUUUGCUAAUAAGAAAUUAAAGUUAAGAUACCUGAUCUCCAUAAUCAUAUUUAUAUUAAAUUGGAAGUUUCUAAUGCAUUUUGGCUUACUAAAAUAAUAAUGACUAUGUUUUUAUACAAUUUUCAUUUAAAUAAUGUAUGUAGAUUCUGGGAUUUUAUUUUAGCAACAAAUAUAUUUUAAAUAUCAGCUAUUAUUUGUUCAUUUCUCGAAAUUUAUAGAAAUUAAAUAUUUUAAAUGGAUGAUUUAAAUGCUUUUAUUAUAUGGUUUGAUAAAAUUUAAGAUUAAGAAAUACCUUAAGAUUUAAUGUAAAAUUUAAUCUAAAGAUCUUGCUAAUAUACUCUUAAGAGAGAAAAAAUUAAUUCCUAUGCCUAUUUAUACUGUAUAGGUGAUGCAAACUAUCAUCCUCUGCAUAGAGAAAUUGCUACAGAUUACAAAUCAAUGACAAAAUUAAAAAAAUAUAUAAAAAAGGACAUAUUUGGUAUUUGA